GGACCUAAUGUGAAGAUGGCAGAAGAAUACGCAUCACCUUCAUCUACUGCCUCUCAGGAAGAAGAACAAUUGAAAAACAGAAACUUGAUAAUUUACUCUAUGGCUGAAGAAUACCACACAGAUGCCUUGACUAAACCCCCCAUGACUUUGUCCAGUUUUGUCAAUAUCAAGCCCAGCACUGGCUCUGUCAAGAAAUUGGUAAUCAGAAACUUUAAAGAUAAACCACUGAUGCUGGAAAACUAUACUGAAGAAACAUGGCAAAAAUUAAAGGAAGCUGUACAAGCUAUCCAGAACAAUAUCUCUGUUAAGUACAGCUUGGAAGAACUCUAUCAGAGUGUUGAAAACCUUUGCUCCUAUGAUUUAUCUGCAAACUUGUAUAAACAACUGAAGCAGCUUUGUGAAAACCACAUCAAAGUACAAAUUCAUCAAUUCAGAGAGGAUUCUCUGGAUAGUGACUCUUUUCUAAAGGAAAUGGAUAGAUGCUGGCAGAAUUAUGGCAGACAAAUGAUCAUGAUUAGGAACAUUUUUCUGUUCCUAGAUAGAACGUAUGUUUUUCAGAUUUCAAUGUUGUCUUCCAUUUGGGACAUGGGGCUUGAAUUAUUUAAAUCAUACAUAAUUUGUGAUCAGAAGGUCCAGAAUAGGACUAUACAUGGAAUUCUUCUUUUGAUUGAAAAAGAAAGAAAUGGUGAAAUGGUUGAUCGAAGUUUGAUUCAAAGGCUUUUAACGAUGCUUUCUGAUUUGCAGAUUUACCAAGAAUCUUUUGAGAAUAAGUUCUUAGAAGAAACAAGCAGGUUCUAUGCAUCAGAGGGAAGGAAGCUAGUGCAAAAAAGAGAGAUUCCUGGAUGUCUUUACUAUAUCAAGAAGCUCCUAGAAGAAGAAGUAGAUAGAGUUAGAACUUACUUACGUCUGAACACACAGAAGCUACUAAUUGCAAUUGUAGAAAAGCAGCUUCUUGGUGAACAUUUAUCAGCAGUUCUUCAGAAAGAAUGUGGAACAGCUUUCACUAAUAAACUUCAAGGAAUGUUUAAAGACAUGGAGCUUUCCAAAGAUAUCAUGAUUCAGUUAAAACAGUAUAUGCAGAACCAGGAUAUACCAGGAAACAUUGACUUAACUGUGAAUAUUCUGACAACAAGUUUUUGGCCAGCAUAUGUCCCUAAAGAGAUCCAGUUGCCUCCAGAGAUGGAGAGACUUAAGGAAAAUUUCAAAAAUUUCUACUUAAGCAAGCACAGUGGUCGGAAACUUCAGUGGCAAUCUACUCUUGGACACUGUGUUCUUAGAGCUGAAUUUAAAAAGGGCAAAAAAGAACUUCAGGUAUCCCUUUUCCAGACAUUGGUGCUGUUGAUGUUUAAUGAGGGGGAUCAGUUCAGUUUAGAAGAAAUUAAGAUGACCACUGGAGUAGAGGAUAGAGAAUUAAGAAGAACCUUACAGUCAUUAGCUUGUGGGAGAGCUAGAGUCCUCAUCAAAAAUCCAAAGGGCAAAGAUGUGGAGAGUGGCGAUAGAUUUUUUUGUAAUGAGGAAUUUAGACACAAACUCUUCAAGAUAAAGAUCAAUCAAAUCCAGAUGAAAGAAACGGUAGAAGAACAAACCGUUACCACAGAGAGAGUUUUUCAAGACCGGCAAUAUCAAAUUGAUGCUGCAAUUGUUCGAAUUAUGAAGAUAAGGAAAACACUUAGCCACAAUGUACUUCUGGCAGAGUUGUAUAACCAGCUAAAAUUUACACUAAAGCCUAGUGAUCUGAAGAAGAGAAUAGAAUCCUUAAUUGAUAGAGACUACAUGGAAAGAGAUAAAGCAAAUCCAAACCAGUACAAGUAUAUUGCAUAACUCUGGCAUUAAUCUGAAUAUUUGUUACUCUUCCCACUUUCAGUGGGUUAC